UCGACGGCCGUUAUCACUGGUAUUGAAUUGAGUAUGUCGGGCAGUAUGGUCGGCUCCCAGGCGUUUUGCAAAGUCAUGGGAAAUUGGGUUGAAGCUUCCGAUGCAUAUGUAGUACCAGCCGGGCACGUUUCUGCAUGGACUGCUGCUGCAACCCCUGCCCAGUUCGUUGGUAUCUACCUUGCCGGUUUUAUUUCGGAUCGGUACGGUCGCAAAUAUGUCGUACAGGGGUCCAUGGUCAUCAUCUUCGUCGGCGCUAUCAUCGAGACAUUCUCCAGGAACUGGAUUGACUGGCUGGUCUCCAAGGCCGUCAUGGGUCUUGCUAUUGGCACCAUCCAGUCCAGUACCUCAACCUAUGUGGCAGAAAUCAGUCCUCGCGAGCUGCGUGGUGGCGCGCUGAUCGGAUUCCAGGUCUUCACCAACAUCGGCAAUCUCCUUUCUGCAGUGAUUCUCGACUUGUGCACCAAGGCCAUCACCGAUCCGGCCGACACCAAGCAGUACAAGAUCCCUCUGUACAUCAUGAUUGCACUCCCUGUUAUCCUCUCCAUUGGCAUUUUCACCAUGCUUGUCGAGUCUCCAUCAUGGCUUGUCGUUAAAGAUGACCUGGCUGGUGCCCGGAAGUCUAUCCAAUGGAUCUAUCCCUACAUGACCCCCGAAGAGGUGGAGGUCGAGCUGGCCAAGAUCCGGUACACUGUUGAGAAGGAGUGUGAACAGGCUGAAGCGAGCGUUUCCUGGCUCAUGUGCUUCCGCGGUACCAACUUCCGCAGAACCAUUGUGGCUCUGGUACCCGGUGUUGCGUGGAUCAUGUCUGGAUACAUCAUGCUUUGCGCAGACUUCUUCGACCUGGCCGGACAGGAGAACGCGCUCCAGUCGACUGUGAUCGUGCAGUGCACCGGUCUUUUCUUCAACCUUGUCGCCGUCGCACUGGUGGAAAACAAACGCGUUGGACGUUUCCUGAUCUACAUGAUCGGUCUGUUCUUCCAAGCGGGUGGCAUGCUCAUGAUCGGAGCUGUAGGUGCUCGCUGGGGUAACCCAGGCGGCAGCACUCUUGCCGGCAACCUCCUCAUUGCCGGCCUGGUCAUCUCCAACAUGGGCAGCCAGCUGGGUCCUCAAGCGGUCAGCUACCUGUACACCUCGGAAUCAGGCAGCACCCUCCUGCGAGCCAAGACCACCUCAGUCUCGCAAUCGAUCAUCGCUGUUCUGGGCCAGACCUCGGGCGUCUAUCUGCCUUUCAUGCUGUCCAGCUGGGGACCCAAGACGGGCUUCUUCUUCGGUGGCUUCGGUUUCUUUUUCUGGAUUAUCUCCUUCUUUGUGGUGCCAGACUAUACCGGGCGCUCCCACGCUCAGAUCGACGAGCUGUUCACCCGCAAGAUCUCCGCCAGGAAGUUUGCCUCCACCGAGUGCACUGGCAAUUACGGCCGUGAUGUGCUCCAUGAAACCGAGAUGCAUUGA